UCCGGUCUAUAAAACCAGCUGCUGAGACCAUCCAGAACCAUCAGACUCUGCAAGAAGAAAGAAGACUCCUUCUUUGUCUUGCAGCUGCUUUUUCAUUUCUUCUGCYAAGGAYCAGAAACCUGACUUCUGUCAGCAAACAAUGGAGAACAUGAAUGGACCAGCGGGACCAGAAGAGUCCAAACCCUCUCCAGCUGGGUUCAGGCAGCAGGAGAACAGACAGUUUAAGAGCAAAGCUCCCAAACCUGGACAGAAAGGUUUCAACAACAACCUGUCAGGGAUGGAGGGAUUUGAAGACUCUGCUGUGGUCUGUCCCUGGGAGGAGUUGGAAGAUGUGGAGCUGAGUGARCUGGCUCAGUUUGGAACCAUCUGAACUCCAGAGUCGCUCCAAGCAGAGGCUCAGCUGCAGGAAACACUUCAUCAGMACUUUGAAGAAAUGUGUCAGAGUAGAUGUUUGUCCUGCAUCGAGCAGCAGGGAGGCUGAACUGGGAGCUGGARAACAAGGCCAGCACCUCCUGCCUCCUGGAUCUGAUGGAGGAUCAGAUUAUUACCUCCUCACCAGGACCUGUCACUCACAUAGAUCCUCCCUCUGCUCUACUACACACUAUAACUCCGCCCACUUACACACCUUGCACCAAAAGCAUAAAGCUGAGUGUACGUCAUGUGUUCAGUUCCAGUCCAUGUGUGUAACUGAAACAUUAAAGUUCGGACCCCUCAGGGGGACGUCAGAGUGCUGCUUGUUUGGUUUGAACCUGAUGUUCUGACAUCAGAUGUGUUAAAGUGGGAUGAGUUGUAGAGUUCUUCACCUGAUACCUUUACCUGCUCACAUUUGACUGAGUGUCAAUAAAUUAUUGUUUGAUGUCA